AUGGAAUCAGAUAGUUCAAAGAGAUUUUCAAGAUGUUCCAGUACAACUUCAGAGUAUACAUCUUCAAGAAAUUUUCAUAUUCAUCAAUUAUUAGAUUCAAAUAAGAAUGACAACAACCAGAACAAUAAUGAUCAUACUUCUCUGAGUAAUUAUCCUUUAAAUAAAUUACAAAGUUAUCCAUUGAAUUCAACUAUACAAAGUCAAUCUGAUUAUUUAAUCAAUCAUAAUAAAAAGGGGAUUACAGAUAAAAACAAUCUUAACACAACCACUUCUAUAACUAAUCCUAAUUAUAAUCAUUUGCUGACAACAAUUUCUCAAUUAAUGAAUAAUUAUAGUUCAGAGAAAAUAUUAUUUUUUUUAAAGUUAACACAAAAUUUGUAUUCUGAUACUAUUGAAAUUCCUAUUGAACUACAAAAUUUACUUGAAACAAAAUUGAUAACAAUGAAAUAUUCAAGUGAACUUUCAGAACACCAACAACAAAAUAAUAAAGAGAUUAGUUGUUUACAAAAUCAAUUGAAUGCCAAUAACAAGUAUCAUUAUAACACUUGUAAGCAUAAUAAUGAUGAUAAUGAAGAGAACCCUAUUGAUAUUGAAAAACGAAAAGAGAUAGAGUGUAAAAACCAAAUGGUAAUUACAAAAACCAGUGAUGAAUAUGAAGAGAAUUUGAAAAUUAUGAAAAAUUUAAUGCAAAACUCUUUAGAACAAAUAAAAGAAACACCAGUAAAAAAUUAUCAACAAGAAGAAAUUGAAUCAUCUAGAUUAUUUUCUGAUAGUCAUGUUAAAUAUGCACAAAAGGCAUUCGAUUUAUUAACUAAUGAAUGCGGAACCCAUAACUUAUUACCAUUAAUGUUGCAUAACCCUGUAUCUGGUUAUCCUUCAAUACCCGUAUACAACAGAAAUGUUUUCCCAUCGAAACAAUGUCGACGUCGUAAAGCAAGAACUGUAUUCAGUGAUUAUCAGUUAACUGGUUUGGAGCAUCGAUUUGAAACACAACAUUAUCUAUCCACACCUGAACGUAUUGAAUUGGCUAAUCGGUUAAAUUUAUCAGAAACACAGGUUAAAACAUGGUUUCAGAAUCGACGUAUGAAACACAAAAAACUAAAACGUUACAUUCCAGACUCAAAAUUUACCCAGAAAAGUUCUUCAAAAUGUCCAAGUUCUGCAGGUGCUGAUGAUGAAGAAGAAGUAGAAGAAGAAGAAGAAGCAGAUGAUGAUGCUGAAGAUAAUAGUGGUGACAAAGGUUCAACUGCUGAAGGGAAUCACAAUAGAAGUGUUUCUUUGUCGUCCAAUCGAAUUUUAUAUUCUUUUUCAACUAAACAUGAUAACACUGACAUUUCAAACACUAAGAUUAACAAUCAUGAUGUCGAUGAUGAUGAUGAUGACGACAGUACUGAUCCUUCGGAGAUGAAAGUCCAUUACAGACCUCCAGUAUUGAACAGUGUUAACAAUUCCAGUAUGCUUUCUAUGUCAUCGUCAAAAAUAGAAGAACCUUUAUUGUCAACAUCAACUACAUUGACAAAAUCAACAAGUUUAGUUCCAGCUCCUUCAUUGUCAACAUCAUCAUCAUCAAGUUUACCAACAUCAUUAUCUCUCUCGGUUCCAUAUCAUUUUUACUCAUCAUCAGGAGAUGAUAAUUAUAGAAAUUGGAGAAAUUUCCCACCACAAUUACGAAUGGAUCAAAUAAUCAAAAACUUUCUAACCUAUGAUAUGAUUGAAAAGGCUUAUUUAGAAUCUACGCUUAACUUUACUAAUACAACUAGUACUCAUAAUAGUAGUGGUACUGAUUUCGUCAAUGAUACCGACCAAUACACAUCAAACAACCUUAAUAUUACUACUAAUACUGUUUACAAUAAUGAUACUUCAUCACUAAGGAAACAGAUAAUGUCUGAUUGA